CUGGUCCCCCUCGCGUGCCAGGCGGGGUCGACUCCACAGAGGCACGUGAACGCUCCCAGGAAGCCCUGGGCAACUCCAGCUCAGCAGCUGCAUGUUUUCUGAGCAGCUUUCCUUCGGGUCGGCUGGCCUGGCCACACCAAGAUGCAAGGCGGGCGGGAGGUGGGGAGAGAGUCAGUGAGUGACCUCGCAGAGGAACUUGGAGAGGGGUCCCUCCACCCGACAGCCGGAGGACAGAGUGGUGAUAGUUUGGAACGGAGGAGGAUCGGCUACGACGGUCCCGUGAUUCUGCCGGACGCCAAUGCUAACAGCUCCAGGCUGGAUGAGGGUCUUUCCUCCAGCCGUCCACACCCAGGGGAGCUCGGCGGCGGGUGGGGAGAGUUCGAAGGCUUCCAAGAGUCUUCAGCUAAGUCUGAGGAGUUUUCUCAGUCUUUUGAACUCCUGGGAAGGGCCGCGGAAUGUCAGCCGCUGAGAACCCCUUCCACACCUAAAGAGGGCGGUUCUUGCCAGGUGCAGCAGGGUGGACCCUGGGUGACAGGAACUGCUGCUGGCCCGUCUUCAGAGUCCAUUCUCAGCUACGAGAAGGUUUUCAGGCUUGCGUUUCAAGAAGUCCCGGUGGAACAGGCAACCGAAGACGUUUGUUCUUUGGACCGUUUCUUAGAAACAGGCAGCGAAGAAACUGCACCUGUGCCUAGACUGUGUUCCGAAUCUAGGAAACUCUGGAGAGCCCUUCAGAACACCGACACCGUGUCUGCAUCGAGGUGUCUCUGGAGUGAAUCUCACUGCCGGGAAAACCUCUUUCCUGUCCUUGGCAUAGAUGCUGCUCAGAAGAGCCUUUCUGGAGACCAGGGUCAUGAUCUGGAAGGUUCUGACUGCAGAAAGCCUGAAGAUCUGCUGGGAGUCAGUGGUUUCCACCUACACCACUGCAAAGCCCUGAUUCAGACCAAGCUCUCAGGGACAUCGGGCAGCAGACAGGGCAGCCUGAUUACCUACAGUCUGUUUCUGAAGACACCACUCCAAGGGAAUGGGCGCUACAUCACCAUCCCACAGAAGAAGAUCUUUACUCCACGCAACCUGAAAAUGGCAUUCUUUAAUAACAACGUCUGCUAAAGGCCGGAGUGCUUUGUACCUUUAUGAGACAUUUUACAUUUUCUUACUGGUUUGCUUGGGUACUAGAACUUGAGAAUUCUGUGGCACUGUUUCCCAGGGCCGUGUUAGUUUCCUAGGACCUGUCAAACACAUGCACUCAGAUCUGAUAGGGUGCACAGAAGGAAUGUCUUUGUGCAGAGCCAGCCCCCAUGGAAUUUCCGGGGACACCGUAGGCUGGCACCAGGUGCCUGUUGACCCCUACCUGCAGGCUCACAGUUGGACCCAUGAGUUUCAGAAGUCAGAAGGUAGCUACUGAUCACUGGCAGGAACAUGCCCUGCGCCUCCUGCCCCCACCCCUGUGCUGUUUCCUGGGGAGUUAACCUGUCUCUGUGUUAGAUCCUGCCAUCAACAGCCUCAGGGACAAGCUUUACUCUGAGUAGGAGGGUGGGAAGGAGAACACACUGGGUGUCCUGGGAAGACAGCUGGAUGAGCUUCCUUGGUCACCUGCUGAAACGGGUUCUACUCCAGGGGCAUACACAAGCAGGCUGCACUACAUUUUGUAAAUUUUUAUUAAAAAGAAAGGACCGUA